AAUCUAAAGGAGAACGGUCAUCUGUGACCCAGGCCCGACAGAAACGAGACAUAUCUCAUUUUUUUUGGUAUAUUGUGUAUUGUUAAAUUACAUAUAUUUUAUAUUCUAAAUCAAUGGCUAACACCAAAAAAUAUUGCCGUAUGUUUUUGUUCAGGCGACACACAAAAAAAUACAAAAUGUCUAUAUUAUCUAUAAAAUUCGCAUAUUUAUUUAAUUAAAUGACAAUACAAUAGCUAUAGGAUGUAUCUAGAUACAGUUAACUUAUAUAAUUAAUUAAAAUCGUGGCAUUUGAUGAUUUAUUGCAUAAUAUUAAGUUAAAUGUACAAAAACGGUCACAUACUUCCUGUCUACAUGCUAUCAUAACGGCUCAGGUAGCCUGGCGGUGACAGAAACCAAUCAUGCUGUCUCUCUCUUUCAUUAAAACACAGUGGCGGAGCGGAGGGGGUAGGGUAGGGGUGGGCCGCGGGGUGCACCGACGCAGCGCAGAUGCAGGCGCAGUUCUUCGCUUUCUGUGUUGAGAUCUGUGCGUUUUUGUAUUCAAGGCUACAUUUUUUCGACGUUUUUUGGCUUUCUCUUUACUGGACUUGAUUUUUGUAUUGUGAGUGGUUCGUUGAUAUGGCUGACAAUAUUAAUAAUUGUGCUGCGUGUGAACGUACACUUCGCCGUCGUCGUCCAUACGUUCUCAAUGAACGAUUACUGGAAACACGAAGAGAUUUCGUAGAGCAACUAUUACGCAUCGUUGGUGGUGAGAUAACUUUUGAUGGGACUCGGUCGAUUUGCCACUCGUGUCGGCAUAGAAUCGACGCUGCAAUUAAUCAAGAGCGACAAGUCCCAGCAGCUCCUGUCCUACCAGCUGCUGUUGUAAAUGUACAAGGCGUUCGACGUGCACCUAAUACGGCUCGGCGAUGUUUAAUUGACAACUGCAACAACAGUUCUCUGCUUCAAGUGCCUAAUUCGGUGAAGGUACAACUCCUUAGCUAUUAUCACUUUUACGUACCAAAUCUUGCCCGCAUUUGCCAACGGCAUUUACUACACAUGGCGAUAGAAGAGAUACCGGAAAAUAUAACAAAUCAAAUGACCGACUUGAAUGCGGAGAGUGUUGGCGACAUCAUCAACAUGUAUACACAAGCUUUGGAACAAAGGUCACAGUUCAAUGUAGAUGACGUUUCUGACGACGAGUUAAGCUUUUGGACUGGAAGAAACAGAGCCACGUUCAACGAUUUGCUGAGUCAAAUACCAAGCCUUAAUCGGUCCUCAAGUACUCCACGAAAUGAUUUGGCUAUCUACUUGUGCAAAAUUCGAUCAGGGGAGCCGAAUAAUAGAAUCGCUUCACUUUUUAAUAUAACCGAGCGAACUAUUGGAAGAAAAAUACAUAAAGUCAGGCAGUGUCUCAUUACUGACUUUGUUCCAUUGCACCUAGGUUUAGACCAUAUAACCAGGGACGAAGUAAUAGCCCGCAACCGGGUUUUACCAAAUGUUUUGUUUGGUAACGAAGAGUCACCAAAAGCAAUAGUUACAUUCGAUGGAACCUACAUAUACAUAGAAAAAAGUUCUAACUUUUUAUUUCAACGCCGCAGUUACAGCCUUCAUAAGUUCAGAAACUUAAUAAAACCAUUCAUGAUCGUGUGCGCGGAUGGAUAUAUUUUGGAUGUAACAGGUCCGUACUCUGCACGGACUACCGAUGCUGAUAUAAUGAAAAUGAUAUUGCAAAACCAUGAUGGACCCAUUGAAGACGGACCGUUCCACUUUUUUUUCCAUGAAGGAGACUCAUUUAUUUUGGACCGAGGCUUUCGGGAUUCAAUACCUUUAAUAGAAACAUAUGGUUAUGUUGCUCACAUGCCGCCAACCAAACAACCACAAGACACGCAAUUAAGCACCGAACAAGCUAAUAAAUCACGACUCAUUACAAUGGUGCGAUGGGUCGUGGAAACUAUAAACGGGAGAUUCAAGCGCGACUUCAAGAUCUUUAAAAACAGAGUAUUCAACAAACAUGUGCCGCAUAUAUUUGAAGAUUUUAAAAUUGCUGCAGCUUUAAUUAAUUAUUUUCAAGAACCUUACGGAGACAGUCCAUACACAGAAGAUUUCAUUGAAAUAAUUAAUCAAAAUAUACAACGCCCCAAUCGAUUAUUUGAGUAUGUGGAGGAAAAUAAUCUAAACCGACAAAGAGUGUCGUUUCACAGGAUGACUGGAAAUGAUCCGGAUAUUGAACAUUUUCCACAAUUAACAAUUGAAGAGUUAAUUAAAUUCUCAAUCGGCACCUAUCACGUGAAGUUAGCACGGUCGUAUUGCAGUGAGCAUUUGAAAGCCGCGGGAGUAUAUAAUAUGGAAUUAUAUAGACAUCCAACGGCAAUAGAGGGCAGAAACAAUAAUACUUUAAUCAGGUGCAGAAUCCAUUCGCGACACGUUACGACAAAAAUAUAUUAUACUUAUAUUAUGUUUGAUGAGAAUGUAAAUGGAAGAAACGCAAUAACGGAAUAUUAUUGCACAUGCUAUCAUGGUAAAAGGACAUUGGGAAGUUGCGCACACGUCAUUAGUGUUGUAUAUUACCUAGGGUGGGCUAGACAUCGAGAUCACUUUGACCACCCAGCAAUGGGUAUGGAUUAUGUUUUAAGAGAUAUAGAAAUUCAAUAAAACUUUAUAUCGAGAUA